CUUUCUCCUCGUCUCGUCUCGUCUCCUCAAUAUCUACAUCUCUCCUUCUGUUCAUAUCGACUGAUAUCCUAUCCUUUCUCGCGAACCACAGAUCGGACCCUCAUUCCUACGCGCUCCCUAGUCGCAAUCCACCACUCCCUCUCCUUUUCAGAGUCACACAGCGCAUCACCGCUUCACAAUGGCCUACAAGCAAGACGAGCCGCCCGCCUACGGCCCUCCCCCAGGUGCCCCUCAGCCUACUUACGGUGGCUAUCAGCAAGAUCCAUACCAGCAGCAGCAGGGCCCUCCGCCAGGUCAGCAAGGCUACUAUCAGCAGGGCCCUCAGAUGGGAUACUACAACCAGCAGCAAGGUCCCUUCCCAGCUGGACAGGGCCCCUAUCCUCCUCAGCCAGGUCCUUAUGGCCAGCCCGGUGGCCCUCCUCCUCAAGGUUACUAUCCCGAAGACGAUAGGAGAGGUGGUGGUUCCGGAGGUGGCCUCAUGACUGGAUUGCUCGCUGGUCUAGCCUGCUGCUGCUGCUUGGACUGCCUCUUCUAAACAACAAAACAAAAAACCGACUACGCAAAGACCUACCACCGCGAUAUCACCAUCACUACACUGCGCAAGAUUCUCUCAAGAUUUUGAUGGCAAUUGGGCGCCCUAUUUCGCAAAAGGCAGGAGAUUAAGGGGGCGAGCGCAGCGUUGGCGCAUCUGAAGAUGGGGCAGAAUUCACUGGAAUGUUAAAGGCGUUGGGGUUUUCGUUUUGAUUAGGUACCUGGAAAGGACUCAUUCAGCUGUUUUUUGCUUGUUUCCUUGAUAUCAAAGCACGAACUUCUAAUCAUAUAAUUCACCUGAACGAAUGCAGACUAGUAUGUGCUGUGUGUGUUGUGCA